AACAGUAAUUAUGUCUGAAUCAAAUGACGACAAUACUGUUAAUAAAUUUGGAGAUGAAAAAAUUACAACACCGUACCACGAACUUGAAGAAAAGAAUGAUCUACAAGAAGAAAAUGAUCGACAGGAGGAAGAAGAUGAUUCUUUCGAGGAUAUAUUAGAAAAUUACAUGAAUUAUGAAGAACAUACAACAUCAAUACCGAUACGUGACGAUAAAUUUUUAGAUAGAGAUGAUGAUGAAAGCAAGAUGAAAAAUAAAACAAUAUUAUUGGAUCAAAUGUGGCCUACGGAAAAAAGUACGACAUAUCAUCUGGGUGGCACUAGAUUUUGGGAACUCGACGUUACAGAACCGUCAGGUGUAUUGAGUAUUCCAACUGAUACAAGCAAAGCUAUCGAUGUAUCCGUUUCUAGAACAACGUGUCUCUAUGUUGUCUUAAAAAAUGAAAUAAAUAUCGACGGAAAAACAAAACGUAAUAUACAUUACCACAAAGGAGACGUUUAUAAUAAAGAAAUCAAGAAAUAUGAUGAUUCUAUCGAGAAGCGAAAAAUCGGUCUUAAAAAUAUAACAAGAGAGAAUACGCAAAAUUUGCGCGGAUUGAAUCGCUAUAAACAGAAUUUUGGAGGAAAAAGAAAACUCGAUGGUUUCUCGCGGGUCAGCAAAGAGGAUCCAAUAAUAGCGAAAACUCGAAAGUUGUGUAGCGUCAAUGGGAAUGAAUCAAAACAUCGGAUAAUUAAAGAUAUCAAAGAUAAAACUAAAAAGAAACAAUCUGCAAAAUCGCAAAAAUCACAAAAUAUUAAUUCACACUCUCCGAAAAGUUGCACAGAUAGCUGUAUCAUGAAUAAAAAAAAUUCGGGCAAAGCAAUUAUUAGCAUGACCGCGAAUCAUCAUUCUCAAGCGAAAAGUAACAACAAUAAAAAAGAGAAUGAGAAAAUAAUGAAUAAUACUAAUAACGAUAUCACUUCUGAUAAAAAAAAUCGAUCAAUAUGCGGGUCCCGCGAGGGAAAAAACCAUAAUUAUUUAAAUUGUAUUUGCGAUAUCGUGGACGUCAUUAAAAACAUAAAAUCUAUAUUAAACAGAGUAAGCUUUUCACUGGACGAAAUUAAGGCGCUCAAUUGCAGCAUAUAUAAAGAGACCCAGGACAAGAUAGUGAUUUCGAUAGAUUCCGACGCGGAAGAAACUAGAGAAUUUUCACAGCCUCAUUACAACACCGAAUCAUUAAAAGGUCAGAAAUAUAUCAAACUGGAAGAACUGGAAGAUGACUUUAAGAGCGAUUUGGAUCUCGGCAAUGAUCACGAUAUUGUUUCAUUGCCCGGUGUUAAUCUCAAUUUACCUUGUAAUCAAGACAGCGACGGUAUCACUUGGCUAUCGACUAUUAGCAGACCGAGUUAUAUGUGGAAGAGAACCGAUGGCAUCGCAAUUUUCGGUUUUGUGGCUGAAAACGGUGAUUUAGAAUUGCGAAAUGUAAAUGCAAAAGAUACGGGAAAUUACACAUGCGUCACGACGUACGUGGGUCCCGAGACUGAAGAGCCUAUAGAAACUACCUACGAAGUUCGUUUGCAAGUUGUGACGCUACCGAGAUACAUUGUACACGGCGAGAGUCGUUACUAUACGCGAUCCUGCGACGAAAGGGAUUUAGAUAUAUUAGUAACGUAUCUUCCGGUAAAACUAAAUGAUAUUAUAUGCGAAGCAGAUAUUUGCAAUGCUUAUAUCUUGACACCAUCUUGCUCUCGAAAUCAAAUUACAAUAAAUAUUUUAUUAUUGCCUUCGCAUAUCGUCAAACUGAUGACGAUCGAUCCCAAACGCUGCAAUGUCAUUUGCCUUAAAGGCAUUCAGGACAAACUCUCGCUGAUACUGAGUAAAAAUUUACAAAUCUUCCUUGGAAAAACUAUUAUUUUCAGAUUACCUCACUAUGAGCAGAGAUUGGUUCCGAUCGAUGAAAAGUCCAUAUUCGCAAGAUGGAAAAGAGGAAGGACAAAUGCAUUUGCCGAAAGAACCAGCAAUAUCGGCCUGUUUUCCAGCUGUCCGGCCGGAUACGGUCUUCAUGGCACGCAUUGCAUUCCUUGUCAUAUGGAUACUUAUAGUGAGGAUGGAAUAUCGUACUGUAAAAAAUGUCCGCCUGGUACGUAUCAGCCUAAUCAUGGUGCCAGAGUUUGUCGCACGUGCACUGAUCCAUUGACGAAAGGCUGUCACAAUAUGCUCUGGAGUUCUUUUUCCGCUAUAAUGAUAACUUUGGCAAGUCUCAGCGUGAUGCUAUCAAUAUUCUUGCUAUUCCUAUGGAUAAUCUGCUGUGCUAAGAAAAAAUUCUGUAUAAAGAAGAUAGCUAGUAUUAUACCUAAGGCAGACACAUUUGAACAAGAGGAUCCCAUAGAGGAGCAAUCGUUAAUUAAAGAUGUAAGUGAAAAUCAAGAUCAGCAAUGGGAUAAUGAAUACAAAGCUAAGAAAAAAAAGAAAAAGUUUUAUCUGAAUAAAAAACGUCGAAAACAAAACGAAAGAGGAAAAUAUGAAAAGAUGCGGAUAUAUGAAGAUGAAUGGGGAUCGCAUCGUAUAAAGAAUACUCCGAUCGUUUGUCCAGAUUCUUAUCGAUCUCAUGAAGAUUACAACAACUAUUAUUCGAAGCAAUCGUAUCGUAAAGGACCCCGGCUGCCAGAAUGUGAUUUCGAUACAUGA